AACAGAAUCUGUUUUUCAAACAACGGGUCGUGUAUGAGGGAACUCCAAAGCAAUCUUACAGAUGACAAACCUUUUUCUGAAAUCAACGAGAUGUUAGAGAACUGUUCAACAGCUCUCUAUGGAGUUAUUGCAACACUCUGUAUAAGUAUUAUUGUCAAUAUUAUUCUGAUUUUGGGGAAUAUCAGACAAAAUUUUUGUAACAAAGAAAAGCAGGAAACCAGACGACAAAAUUCAAUACGAUAUGCUAACACAGCUAUGUAUGCCGAAGAGGAAGUUAAUGCAGGUUAUCUAGAACUUGGACAAUUGAGUCAACCUUCUCAUUAUGAUGAACUCAAGUGAUUGUUUAAAUAAAAGAAUUAUUGAUUUAAUGACA